GAGAAGGCCGCCUGGCGGCAGUCAGCCGAAGCGUCUCCAGCACGCAAGGGGUGUGUGUAUAGAAACCGGAGAAUGCAGCGGAGGUCGCAGGUUGUGGUUGGGGUGGCUGUGACGACUGUGGCGGCGGCACUGUUAACAGUAUGGAGCCUCAGCUGGUGUACCAAGCCCGCUACCAGCCCCUAUUACCAGCCUUCCGCCCUCAGGGCACAGUACACCCGCUGGCCUGCGUUCACUAGCACAGGAAAGCACUCUAAGGAAUGGUACGUUGAGCACUGCUUUGGCGGCAAAUUCUCGGAAGACACAGAAGACGUAUUCUUCCAGGCCAUUCCCAGGUGGUCGAGGGCCACGGACGAAGACUGUGUCGAUGUUUACCAACAGUUCGACACGCUGUUCGAGGUCCACCACCGCUACACGCCCAAGCUCACUUUCCCGCCAGCCUUCGCAGAGCGCGUGAAGGUCUGGCUCGGAGGAGACCCGACCCUCCUUCACAGAGUUCACCACCAGCACAUCAUCCACGUGUUCCAGCCACUAACUGGGGAACAUUGUGUGUACAACCCCGUGCGGAGCAAGCGUCCUGGGCCCCUCGUCCGCGUCGACCUGCACGCGUGGGUGGACCGCCAAGCCAGGAAGACUCGCGCCUCCUGCGACUUCUGUAACCUCAAAAACAUGACAGCCUCUGACAUCCUUGGCAGACAUCCGACAAAGAGAACGAUGCGAGUGAGCAACAUCUUCAAGGUGGAACGAUGGCAUAGUCUGGUGGUCACCCGCUACCAGCACCACCCACUCAACUUCACCCUCGACACCUUCAUCGCCUUCUUCCAAGACGCACUCACCUAUAUUAAUCAAGUCACCGAGAUGGAAGAGCAAUACAUCUACCCAAACUUGGCGUGGGACACACUGUACGAGGCUGGGGCGUCCCAGCUCCACCCACACAUCCACAUGAUGGUCACCCCCGACCACUACUACGGCUUCUACGAGCACCUACGCACGGCCGGCCAGCGCUACUUCGACGCUACCGGCAGGAACUACUUCACUACGCUGCUGGAGGUGCAUCAAGCCCUCGGCCUCACCGUUCACUACGGCACUGCAGUCGCCAUCCCCACUAUGGCAGGGAAGGCUGACAUGGAGGUGAUGUUCCUGAGUGAAGCACCCAACGAGGACCUCUACCGCCUGAUCUUCUACACGAUAGCCGCCUACCACGACACCUACACCCAGCUGUGUAAAGGGUUUUCAGCGGCGUACCCAGCAGAAGGUCUGUCGGAAGCUGCGAGAGUGGGUCGCAUCCCAGUAAUUGCCAGACUCAUCUCCCGUGGGGAAUGCACAUCUCCCAAGACCGACUACUCCUCUUACGAGAUCUUCCAGAUGGUGGAGCGGUACCACGACCCAUGGGAGGUGGCAAGAGCCAUCAGGAAGGCCAUCAAGAAGCACCGUAAAGCAUGACAUUGAGAGCAAGAUGACCACGAAGUUAAGGGCAAAUCCAUAUCUUAUGACAUGGCUGUUUAUGGUUCAUGUCAUCAUGUUCCAGUUAGGAAAAAUUAUGCAAAUACUCUAUUCGAAUCAUUUUUAAUAAUUCACUUAGAAACUAAUAAGGCAGCAAAUAAAAAAAAGCUGUACAUUUACAAAUCCGCACAAAUGGAUUUCUUCUCUUUAUGGCAUAACUACCCUGAUAUCAAAGGUAAUGAAAUUACAGUUGACUCGUAUAUGGUGUGCCUAUAUGUAUGUACAGUACUGUAUGCCAUCUGGGGUCCUGUUUGAAUGAAAAUACAUUAAACUUCAUUUAAACAUAUGAGUUCAUAUAGCAAUAUAAUUACUGUAUAUGUACUCCUAUGCCAAUAUACAGUAUACUAAAGUACCCAAUGCAGUAUAGUGCCAGUACAGUACAGUACAGUACUUACAUACAGUACUUGACACUUUCGAUAUGUUGUUACCUCCCAACUGGUAAGGGUAGUCUUUGAAGUGAAUUAUUUAUUUCAAGAGUAGGAUAAUAAUAAAUAACAAUUACUGCUUGUACUUUAUUCUUAUUUAUAUAGGUCUUUAUUUAUUUAUUUAUUGUGUAUGUAAAAUUAUCUUAAGUUACAGGAUGAGAGUAGUGUUCCAUUUUCCCAAUAAUCUGUUAUAUAAUGCUUUGAAAGUGCUGAUGGUUUUGCCAUCCACCACCUUCUCACUUAACUUGUUCCAACCAAUAUAUUUUGGCACCUUUGUUUCCAUAGCUUGAAUCUCUGACCUCUUGUUCUUGAAGUUGCUAGUUUCAAGAAUUCCUCUGUUAAUUUUUUAUUCCUGUUACAAUUUGUAUGUAGUGAUUAUAUCACCUCUUUUUCAUGUCUUCUAUCUCUGACAUAUUUAACACCUCCACCCCUGUCCCUCUCACUCUCUUUCAUUACCUAAGUCCAGUUACAGGAUGAGAGCUAAGUAAUUAUCAAAAGAAGGCACCAAACCGGGAAGACUAUGUAACACCAUCAAAUGUGCAGAAUAAUCAGAGGGUGCUAAAUAUCACCAAAGAUGCCAAUACAAGAACAGAAACACUAAUAGAGAAAGGCCUCGGGCAAGGCUUGGGGAGUAGAACAACUCCCAGAACCCAAUCAACCAGGUAGCAUAAAGUUCCACUGUGAAGAUGCUAGUCUCCGGAGGUAGGCGACACAUAUAAGUGCUGUCAGGAAAAACAACAGAGUAG